GUUAUCACAGUGUGCUUAGAGCCGCGAGGCGCCCCUGCCGUCACCAUGUACGGAGCACUCCUCAUUGUAGCGAUCAUCGUCAUCAUCGCACUCUCCGUCUCCGUCUACCAGAAGACCACCAACGCAAUAUGUCUCUCCAGAAGAAGACUAGAAGGCAAGACUGUCAUAGUGACCGGAGGAACCGCAGGCAUGGGUCUAGUGAUAGCCACUGAUCUAGCGCAUAGAGGGGCCAGGACCAUCAUCGCCUGCCCAUUCGAAGAAGAAGGAACAAACGCAAGGAAACAAAUCAUACAAGAAACUGGCAACCAGAAUGUGGUGUUCAAACUCCUUGACUUAGCGUCUCUGCAGUCCGUCAGAGGAUUCGCUUCAGACAUCUUGAAAACAGAAGACAGGCUAGACAUUCUAUUGAACAAUGCUGGAGUUGGUAUUCCUGGAGAUUUCCUCACGAAGGACGGAAUGAACUUUAUAAUGCAAGUAAACUAUUACGGAACAUUCCUCCUCACACUCCUACUGCUGCCUCUCCUGAAGAAGACAGGCAAGCCUGGCGAGGCGAGCAGGAUCAUCACGACUGCAUCAUUCCUGCAUAUGGUAGGGUUCGUAGAUGUAAACAAUAUAUACAAGGCAAACCACUACUGGUCUAAAAUUCAUAUUUAUGGAAACAGCAAGAUAUGCCUCGUGUUGUUUGCAAAUGAACUGACGAAGAGAUUGAAAGGUUCCAACGUUGUGAUUAAUAAUGUCGACCCUGGGGCAGUGGGUACGAGAAUUUUUGAUUCGACUAAUAUUGUUUUCGCGCCCAUUCUUAGAUUACUUUGCCUGAUGUUCUACAAGAACCCGUGGCAAGGUGCGCAGACGGCCCUGCACGCCGCUCUAGACACGAAGGCGGGAGAGGUCAGCGGACAGUACUUCAAGAAUUGUGAAAUAAACAGAGCUGUGAGUCGUGCGUAUUGUGAUAAGAUUGCUAAAGCUCUCUGGGAAGAGUCUGUGAGAUUAGUGAAGUUAACUGACGAGGAAGUGGAACAGUGCUUUAAGUCAUUAUAAGUAAAAAUGGGAAGUGAAGUGCUCUUUGCAAUAGGCCUAAUCCUUAACACAUCGAAAGAGCCUAUACUCAAUGUAUAGGUAACACUAGUAUGUUCUGUUGAUGUCCUUGUUCCAAUGCAGCAAGUUAUUAUUUCGAUUAGAUCAUUAAGAAUUUACCAAGUAUUUUAUAUAGUCUUGAAUUAUUUGACAUUGUUAGUCUAAAAAAUUAACGUGAAUAAUAAUUUGAUUACCUACGGUUGAGUUACACUUUUUUGUGUAGCCACUUAAAAUUGCAAAUUAUGUUAACUAAUGACAAAAGAAUCAUUUUAGUUUUAAUUACUCGUAAGUACAUGCCCAUUGUUAAAUCUUUUUUACAUUUUGAACUGAUGUAUUUCACUAUAUAAAUAGCAUUAGUUUUAUUUCUUGCCUGAGUAUAAAUAAAUGGAUUAUUUUUA